AUGACGAGCCUCCUCUGCGAGUCAGGGACCGUGUUUAUGGACGGUACCUUCAAGGUAGUCCCACAGUUGUUCACGCAACUGUACACAUUACACUGCUUCUAUAAAGGGCAGAUGUUUCCGAUGCUAGACUUCGAGGUCGCAGCUCUUCGCGCCAUUCAGCACGAGUUCCCGUUGUCAGGGAUAAAAGGAUGCAACUUCCACUACAAUCAAUGUCUGUGGAGGAAAGUGCAAGCAUCCGGUCUCGUGCCCUACUACUCCGAUCCCUUGGUGAAGAGACUCAUCCGUUCGUGCUCAGCGUUGAGUCUGGUGCCUCUGGACAGAAUGGAUGACGCAUGGUUAGCCAUCGACGCGGAUUCCCCGCCGACUGAUCAUCCUGCGUACGAAAGAGUAGAAACUUUCAAAGACUACUUCAUCCAGACUUGGCUCGAGAAUCCCGAUGUGUUUCCACGUAGUAUGUGGAACCACUUCGGGAAUUUCGGCGCCCGUACGACCAACCAUGUCGAAGCCUGGCAUAGCGCCUUGAGUCGCACGGUUCGAAAAGACCACGUCAACAUUUUCGAGCUCAUCAACUUCUUGAAGAAACAAGAAGACAAGGGGGAAGCCGACAGACUCUUGCUCCGAGCUGGGCAACCCCCACCGAAGCUCUCCACGAAGUACAAAGUUUUGAACGAUCGGUUGAUCCGACUUACAGGAGAAUUGGAGACGGGUGUGAAAACGCUGAUCGAAUACAUUCACAGCGUCGGUUAUAACUUAAACAACAACUGA